GGCAGCUGGGGGCGCGCAGCAGCCUUAAAAUGUUGCGCGUUCAAGCGAGGAAAAAAAAAUUCUCUCGCGCUGCGGAGUCUGCGCAGUUCCGUUGUUCUCGUCACUCCGAACUUUCGGGAGAACCACGGAGGAAGAAGGGGAGAGAGAGAGAGGGAGAGAACAACGCCAUUUUUCCUGACUGGCAGGUGGACCUAGACCAGACAGUCCUGGAGGGCGGAGAAACUGGACUCGGUACCAAACUGAGUCGUAGCGGGCCAUCAGAAGAAGAGGAAGAAGAGCGUCAGGAAGCGGAGGAGGAGCCAUGUCGGCCUCGUGGCGUGAUGACGACGAGGAGUUCAGGGUGGGAGGAGUGAAGGGAGGGUUGAGAGCCAAACCAAGGUUCUCCUUCACUGAGGUUAAACUGCUGCUGGAGGCGGUGAAGAGGAACAGAUACAUCAUCCUCAGGAAGUUUAACCAAGGAGUGUCAGCUGAAACCAAGAAACAGACCUGGGCUGAAAUCACCAAUCAGAUCAACGGUCUGGGAGAGAAUCACAGAGAGGUGCGUCAGAUCAUGAAGAAAUGGGCUGACCUGAAAUGUGAUGGGAAGCGGCGUAUCGCAGCCCUGCGGGGCCCCAACGGCAGCAACCUGAGGAAGAAGAACCUGGGCCCCGUGGAGAGGAUGGUCCACAAGAUACUGAUGAUGAGUCCCAGAGGAGAUGGUGACAGUGAUCAGGACCUGGGCGAGGACGAUGAUUUCUCAAAGCUGUACGCUAGAGGCCUGCCCCCUAACCCCACCCACUACUCCUACCUCAACCUGACAGACUCCCACUCCUUACCUGGGGGAGCCUCCUUCGACAUCUCUCCUCUCUCCUCCCCAGAGAAGGAACUUGGUGGAGAUCCUUUCCACUCCUCCUCUGACUUUGACUUAGACCUGGCUGACGAUGGAGAACGCACCAUGGACUUUGACGAAAACGACGACUCCGUGUUCUCCUCUUGUCCCUCCUCUCUCCCCCCGCCCACCUCCACCUCCCUGGACCCCCUGCCUGACGACACCCUGCUGAGGGUCAGACCGGUCCACACCUACUCCCGAAACAACAGCCAGAACCACAACCACACCCAGAACCACACCUCCUCCAGAUCUACACCUGGACCCUCCUCCUCUGUGGCCUCCACCUCCUCUGUUUUCCCCUCCGCAUCUGAUUCAGACGCCGCCUCGUGCUCUGCUGCGCCUCCUUUGUCGCAGUCCCCCACGAGCUCCAAUGUGACUGGUUCCUCCCUCCCUGCUCCCCCACCUGCCUCCUCCUCCUCUACAUCUGUUGCAGCCAAUGACUCUACCUCUCACCCUGCACCACCUCCUGCUGCUGCUCCUGCUUCCUCUGCUGCUGUAUCCUCCUCCUCCUCUGUCCUCUCCGCCACCUCUCAUCAGCCACCUCCCUCCAAUCACCCCCCCACCUCGGGCUCAAACCCAUCCGACCCUCUCCCGGCCGGAGCGUCCACCCGCAGGUCCCAGGACCAGGUGGCUCAGAUGGCCUCUCAGAGCCUCCAGCAGCAGCGGGCCAGCAGGAUGCUCCUGACCUCGGUGUCUCAGUCUCUGGAGAUGCUGGCUCAGUCCGUGCAGCUGCUGGUGGAGAGCCAGCAGGAGUUUGUGCAGGAGUCUCUGCUGCUGCAGAGGGAGACCGUGGACAUCCUGAGGGAUUUCUCCAACACGGCGCUCACCAUGCUGAGGGACAAGGCCAACAGCGGACAUCUGCCGACACAUCACCACCCCCCUUCACACUUCUGAAAGACAGACUAGUUCAUUUUCAAAACUAAAUGGGAAAGAACAACAAGCCAAGUGCAGGAAAGUGUUGUCAGUGUGAGUAGAUGACAGGCCGCCAGCCGCCACGUGGAGUCACUCAGAUUGAAACAUCUGUCUUAGUCAGGAGACGCUGAUGUUUGACUUAAGCAGCCUGAAAAUGGGACUAAAUAUUUAGCCAGAGGCACAGACAGGUUCAGAUUUACUCCAUGAUCUCAGAUGUUUGUGUGCCUGGUUGUGUUGGUUUAUGGCAGGCUCAUGUGUUCACACUGUAAUUAAGCUGCUGAAUCCACCCUCUUUACAAACCAACACUAGACGAUGUAAAGACAGAGCUCGUGUUUGAGUCGACGCUGGGUCACUGACAGGAGAUUAACAGACAAACUGACGUGUGGAUAUAAAAGGUACUAACUGUGUUUGAGCUCUGCACCAGAGGCCAAAUCUACAUCAGCUCAGCUCAAACCAGAUCCACCGUCACACUGAUGGAGGAGAAAACCAACGUGGUUCGUUGAGGUUAAAGCUGAAUUUGCUGCUGACACGUUAGCUUCUGUCAUUUCCAAAGCACCAGUAUGAGUCACUGUUUAUCUGUGUGAUCCAGUGAUCUGCCUCCAAAAUGCCUUGAGUUGGUCUGAGAGUGUAACGUGUGUUUCUUAAUCGUUUAGUUUUCUGGCCCAAAACUCUGUUUAAUUGACACAAAGUAAAGACUCAUCUGAUACAACUACAGUCAUUUACUCGACUGUCAGGUAUCGAUGCUGCACAGAAAUCUAAUUUGCAUUUUGCCUUUUAAAUCACUUUACUCCAAAGUAAAACUAGGGAACAAGUAAUGAUUCAACAAGUGCUAACGGACAUCUGUGGGGCCCAGUUUAAUUUGCACAGGUGGAACUAAUAACCCAGAGCAGAGCCCUCAACAGUGUCGUCACGGUUACUACAGUCUUCCUCUUUAAAUCCCAAAAGUACUGAUGUUAAAAACUACAUUGUUAGCAGCUAAAUCUCCAGCUGUUGUCUGUGUCUGGUCAGUGAGCGUUUAUCUUUGGUUGAUUGGUGCUAUCAGUUAAUUACACUGAUGUUUAUGACUGAAGUUGAAGGGUGUUUGAACGCAGCACAGAGGUGAACUAAUAAUAAGUCAUGUUUGGGAUUUUUUUUUUUAAUCCACCACCUACUCUGCAUCACUUUACUUUUGCACUACAUCCUGGGUUUUGGUUCUAACUGUUUCAACACUUCCUUCAAUACUGUGAUUUUUUUUUUUUUCUCCUUGUUGCCAUCUGUAAACCAGCGAACACAGCGAUAUGGAUGAAUGUUCUCCAGUCACAGAUCAGGCACACUCACGCUGGUUUAAGAUGAAUGUUUGAGAGCAGGAAACGGUUCUAUGAUGCAGUGGAUAAAGGAGAAAACUUGUAAAGUUUUGUUAUUAAAAGCUGUUAAAUAAAGAAAUGUCAGUGUAGGAUGUUGCUCCCAGCCAAAUGUAGUUCCAUGUUAGUUUAUCCUGAUGGCUCCUGUGACCUCUGACAAGACAACAUGAAUUUUCUAACAUAGAUUAAAUGUAGAAUAAGCUCGAGCCAGUUCCUGCAGGAGACUGUCUGACCCUGGCAUCAGAUUCCUCAUCACUUUAAACAGACUGAGACAGUUGUGUGAGCAUAGAUAACAGCUGUACACCUACAGAUGAUUUAACCUUUGACCUCCUUUGUGCUCAGUCCAGCUCACAGCGUUGUAUCAAUCUGCAGACCUGCCCAUGAACAUGCAGUUUGAUGACUGACCAAAUGACUGUCUGCUGUUAACACCAGGCUACGUGAUGUUUCCUACAACCAAAUCCUGAGAAUAAAGAUUUAUUAUGAAAACAA